AUGAGCCCAACGUGGUCGCUCCCCGAAGUGCGUCAACACCAGACAUCCGAUGAUUGCUGGAUGGUCAUCCACGGCAAAGUCUACGAUAUCACGUCGUUUCUCCCCAGCCAUCCAGGCGGUAAAGCCAUUCUCCUGAAGAAUGCCGGCAAAGAUGCGACCGCAGCGUUUGACGCAGUGCAUCCGAUUGAGCUCUUGGAAGAGUAUCUCCGGCCUGAUCAACUGAUGGGAACCUUUGAAGUCGCAGCAUCGGAAGCUCCGCCGCAAACAAAUGGUCCUCCCGCAGACGUACCUUCAAACUCUUCGCCAUCACCAGAAAGCUCAGAAGGCGUACCUCCAGUGUCUCAAAUCCUCAGCAUUUCUGAGAUGGAGCAGUAUGCCUUGCAAAAGCUGAGCCCAAAGGCCAUCUCAUACUACGCCUCUGGAACCGACGACGAGGUCACCAAGAUCGCGAAUGGCACCAUCUUCCGGUCCAUACUCCUACGACCACGGGUCUUUGUUGACUGUACCCGGUGCUCUCUGUCGACCAGUCUGCUUGGGAAUCCGGUCGGAAUGCCAAUCUACGUUUCGCCCGCGGCCAUGGCCAAAUUGGCCCAACCGAUAGGCGAGGCGGGCAUCGCAGCAGCGUGUUCAAAGUUCAAGGGCCUGCAGAUUAUCAGCAAGAAUGCCUCAAUGUCUCCCUCGGCGAUUGUCCAGGCUGGACCAGACGCGACAUUUGCUUGGCAGCUCUACGUCUUGAAGGACAUUGAAGCCACAGAGAGGACACUAGCACAGAUACGAGCGAUUCCUCAAAUCAAAUUCAUCGUGCUUACUCUAGACGCCCCAUUUCCCGGCAAGCGAGAAGCGGAUGAGCGAUUCAAGAUGGCCGAGGUUGCGGGAGGCGGGCCGCCGGGAGUUUGGGGCACGGAGUCAGCACUCACGUGGAAAAGGACGCUGACCUGGCUCGUCAAGCACACGUCGCUCCCAAUAGUGUUGAAAGGCAUCCAGACUCACGAGGAUGCAUACGCGGCGACCCUCUUUCCGAGCGUAAAGGGCAUUAUUAUUUCCAAUCAUGGCGGACGGGCUCUGGACACGACGAUGACACCUGUUCAAGUGCUUCUAGAAAUUCGGAAAUUCUGCCCAGAGGUCUUUGACAAGAUUGAUGUUCUCAUCGAUGGAGGCAUUAAAAGGGGUACAGACGUCGUCAAAGCACUGGCGUUGGGGGCCAAAGGCGUAGGUAUCGGGAGGGCGGCGCUGUACAGUUUGGCGGUCGGGGGACAAGCGGGAGUAGAAAGGGCAUUGCAGAUUCUUGCGGAUGAGACUGUCACCGCCAUGAGGCUACUUGGCGUAGAACGUGUGGAUCAACUUGGGCCGAGACACAUCAACACGAAUGGUUUACAAGCGCAGCUUUAUAGUGGACCGUCAGGUCUGGAGGCGAUCGAACUGGAGUUAAAGUCAAAGCUGUAA